UGAACAUUAAGCGGAGCAGACCAAAAUCCCAAACAAGGAAAUGGUGGGGGAAUAAAACGAUCAGAUUAUUUAAUUAAUGCAUGUAAUAAUUAAUAUUUUAUUUUAUUGUAAAUUAAGAAAUAUUUAUGGGUGAAAAUGGAUUACGACUUCAAAACAAAGCUCGCGGCCGAAAGGGAGAGAGUAGAAGAUCUGUUCGAAUAUGAAGGUUGCAAAGUGGGUCGAGGCACCUACGGGCAUGUUUAUAAAGCUAAGCGCAAAGACGGGAAAGAUGAGAAAGAAUAUGCACUGAAACAGAUUGAAGGUACUGGAAUAUCGAUGUCCGCCUGCAGGGAGAUUGCGCUGCUGAGGGAGCUGAAGCACCCCAACGUGAUCGCGCUGCAGAAGGUGUUCCUGUCGCACAGCGACCGCAAGGUCUGGCUGCUCUUCGACUACGCCGAGCACGAUCUGUGGCACAUUAUAAAGUUUCACCGAGCUUCGAAGGCCAAUAAGAAGCCCAUGCAGCUGCCAAGAGGGAUGGUGAAAUCACUUCUCUAUCAGAUUCUGGAUGGAAUUCAUUAUCUCCAUGCCAACUGGGUGCUACACAGGGAUCUAAAACCAGCGAAUAUCCUGGUCAUGGGGGAGGGUCCCGAACGAGGAAGAGUCAAAAUCGCGGACAUGGGCUUCGCCCGGCUCUUCAACUCGCCCCUCAAGCCCCUGGCGGACCUCGACCCGGUCGUGGUGACCUUCUGGUACCGGGCGCCCGAGCUGCUGCUCGGAGCGCGGCAUUACACCAAAGCGAUCGACAUCUGGGCCAUCGGCUGCAUUUUCGCCGAGCUGCUGACGUCAGAGCCCAUCUUUCACUGCCGCCAGGAGGACAUCAAAACCAGCAACCCCUUCCACCACGACCAGCUGGACAGGAUAUUCAGCGUCAUGGGCUUCCCCGCAGAUAAGGACUGGGAAGACAUUCGGAAGAUGCCCGAGUACCCCACCCUUCAGAAGGACUUCAGGAGAACAACGUAUGCAAACAGCAGCCUCAUCAAAUACAUGGAGAAGCAUAAAGUGAAGCCGGACAGCAAGGUAUUCCUGUUGCUCCAGAAACUUCUCACGAUGGAUCCCACGAAAAGGAUCACCUCGGAACAGGCACUGCAGGAUCCUUAUUUCCUGGAAGAUCCGUUACCCACGUCCGAUGUAUUUGCUGGAUGUCAGAUACCCUAUCCAAAAAGAGAAUUUCUGAAUGAGGAUGAACCUGAGGAGAAAACAGAGAAGAACCAGACGCAGCAGCACCAGCAGACGACCGCGCAGACGCAGGCGCAGACGCAGCAGCAGACCGCGGGGCAGCAGGCCCCCUCUCAGCAGAGCUCCGCCCAGACCAACGGCACGGCGGGGGCCGCGGGGGCCACGGCGGGGAGUGGGCUCCAGCACGGCCAGGACCAGGGCCCCCCCAACAAGAAACCUCGCAUCGGGCCCUCGGGGGCCUCCUCAGGCACCGGGGUCCUGCAGUCAGAGUACCAGCACUCCAGCUCCCGCCUUGGUUACCAAAGCAACGUCCAAGGUUCUACCCAGUCCCAGAGCACCAUGGGAUACUCAUCCUCCUCCCAGCAGAGCUCCCAGUACUCCCACCAGUCACAUCGCUACUGAGGGCCCUGGGGAGGUCUCACCCUUUCUCCUACCUAAGUCUCUCCCUCACCUCCUAGCCUUUGCCUGCAGUUUAGCUUUCCUUCCCUCCCAACACAAUCCGUGCCCACCAUCCCCACACAAGCCCCACUCACCUUCCCCACACAAGCCCCGCCCACCCUCCCAC